AAGGGUUUCUGUUAAUAUUAAAAAAUCUUACUCUAAUUUCUCAAUUUUUCUCAGUUUUAUAAUCAACAAAAUUAGGGUUUCUCAAUUCUUCUGUAGGAUGAAGAUUGAUUGUAAUGGUUUUAAUCCUGUAACACCUCCAAGAUUAGAAUCAGAUCAAUUUUCACCUUUAAAGUCAACUCCUUUAUCAUCAAAAUCGAAAAAGACAAUCUCAUCUUUAACGGAUUCCUUUCAUUCUCCUCCAUGUAAUAAAUUUCCUUACGGUGAUUCUCCACAUGUUAAACCUAAACAAGUUCAGAUAAUCAAAAAGAUUGCGAGCAAGGCUGUUGUGAUGAAGCAAAAGAGUCGUGCUGAUAAAGUGAUUGAAGCAAUUAAAUUGUUUCGUAGUCUGUGCUCUCAGCAAACUCAGGAAUCUCUUGAUGAUGUGCUCAUUGAUCUAUACAAGAGAGCUGGUAGGAUCGACGAACAUAUCGAGCUCCUUCAGCAUAAACUCCAUCUGGUUGAAGAUGGUGCAACAUAUGGUGGGCAACGAACUAAGACAGUAAGAGCUCAGGGGAAGAAGUACUUAUGCUCCAUUGAGCACGAGAAAUCAAGGAAAGCUUUAUCAAUCGAGCCAGAUAAGAACAAACAUUGCAAUCUUGCCAUCUGCUUGAUGCACAAAGAAAGAAUUACUGAAGCAAAGUCUCUGCUUCUAACUGUUGAACCACCACCUUCAGUAGCUGAGCGCGAAUUAGCUGAUUCCUGUGUUAAUUCAUUUCGCCGUGCUACGGAGAUGCUGUCUGAACUUGAUUCAGGUCCACUUCUGAAACCACUUGAGCAGAAGAAAAACGAUUCUAUCAAAAUGGUGACUCAGGGAUCUAUCACAGCUCUGGACAAAGUGAAUUCCAGUUCACCGGUUUCUUCUAUUACUGAAGUUCAUCAGAAUUCACAUUCAAGGUUGUCGCCAAUUAGUGGGCACCAUCAAAAUCAAGGGUUCGGAGGAAAAUGGAGAGCCCAUGAUUCCCAUUUAAGUGUUUCACCCACUAAUGGCGCAGAUUCUGAUUUUGGGAACUGGAAACCUUUUGGUUCCUCUAAGAGUCGAAAAAAUUGGACAGAUAUGAUGGAAGAACAGGAGGAGAAGGAACGUUUAAGUAGAUUCACCAGCGACUACCCUGCAAAUAUGGUGGAUUCAGUCUGUGGAUGGAGUAGCGAAGGUUCAAAUUACAUGUCUCAACAGACUCCAGCAUGACUAUUAGUUGAUGAAUGUUAUGACAAGAAUGAAGCUGUCUACAGCAAUGAUGAUGAUAUGAAUUCCAUAGCUAGCUGUCACCAAUUGCCAUCAGUGAACGCUACAGAGUAUAACCUUCAAGGGAAGUUUGAGACAGUUGCUAUUAAUGGAGAAUUCAGAAAACCAGCAGCUCGAGGUUCUUUAUAUUUUGAUCAGAAGCAGGAACAAAAACCCUCGGUGCAGAAGUCCUUGUACUCAAAUACACAUGAAUGUGCAGGUAAUCCAAGUAUUUUUUCAGGAAAUGAUGGGUUUGGUGGAAAAUCCAGAGAGGAAGACUUGAACGAAGAAGACUUUUCUGGUACUGAAGUUAAUUUUCCAUACGAUAUGGAUAGAUUUGGCGAAAUUCUAAGGAAUGAACAAGAUUAUGCUUCUUCAGUUACAGCCGGUGUUAUUAAGAAAAGGGGCACCGUUGUUAUCUUAUAUCCAUACGGGGAUGAAACCUUCGUUGCUUCAGAUAGUCGACUGAAUAAGAAAAAUGAGGAUUACAGGGAUAAGAAAAAAGAUCAGAAUGUUAAAGAGGAUGAGGAAAAGGAAACAGAGGAAAACCCAAAGGAGGAUGAGGGGACUGACAUAGAAAAACAGGAAAAUAGAUUAAAAGGUAAAGAUGUUGCUGAUGAGGAUAAAAAGUACAUAAUCUGCUAUAAGCAAGCUAAUAAAGACAUACGUUGCAACAUUGAAGAAGUGGGUCAGAAGAUAUUGACGUGCGAAAGAUUUGCUGUUGCUUUGGCCGGAAACUAUACCCUUGCACAUCCUUUAUGCACAGGUCUUAUUGAGAAAUGCAGAAAGGGUGAGAAGGUAUCUGAUUGCUCUUUGCUGGAGCCCUUGCAAAAACAUUGCAAAGAGGACAAAGACAAGCAAACUGAUUUUGUGUUGCUGACACCAAGUGAUGAAAGAGGAAGAGAUUUUGAUAUUAGGUAUGUUACACAUGAUGGUACAUACCCAGUGGACGAUUUACUUUGUUUUGGCAGUGGAGGUGAAUUGGCAAAGGAAACAUAAAGAAAUAUACUAGAAAAUUCAAACCAAAAUCCAAGAGCGAAAUCAUUGAAAUGUUGAAACAGGCCGUGUAUCAUGUUUCGGGAGAAGGGGGAACGGUAGUAGUCACAGAAGCUAAAAUUGAAAAGGGUGGCAUGAAGAAAAAACUGGUGACCGAAAUUUUGAAGUUCCCUUCAACUAAACCAAUGUGGAAUUGGAGUAUCCCUAACAGGCUCGACAACCUUAAUUUUCCAAGCAAGUAUUUGAUGGCAGCUGGUGAGAAAGUUUUGGAUAUGGAUAUUAUGAAAAUGUUAUCGGGCAGAAUUUGGUUAGGGCAAGGAUUUAUACGGUUGGAAUUGGUAGAUCAUUUUAUCAAACAUCCAGGUAUAUGAUGGACUGUGAAGAUUGCCAUGACUAUUCCUUAUAUUUGAGGUAUAAUCAAGAUCAGGAUAAAUUUACACUAGGCCCAACACCUGAUGAUGACAAUGAUUCUAAGAAUGUUUAUUUUGUCGAUGAUUUUCGAAGACUUCAGGAGUUAAUCAUAGGUAGGGAAUAUAUGUAUUGGGAUAACGAG